CGGUCCUCGCGAGCUCGCGCACGCCGCCCCUCGCAGUCCGGGGCUGUGGCGGCCUCUUCUUCCUGCGUCCGCGUCCGGGGCCGGUCCCCGAGUAGUGGCCGCGGCUGGAGCUGGGAGCCAGCGUCCGCCUCGCCGCCGCCGCUUUAGCCGCCAGCCCCUCCGCCUCGUACUUUCCUCUGCACGGAGCUGAAGCGGCGGACUGGGGAGGGAGCAGCGCCUGCGUGAGGUUCCCAGCCGAUGGGCAGCCCCCGGGCACGCUGAGGGGCCGGACUACGAGCGGCUGAGAAAAUGAUGCAUCCUGUUGCCAGCAGUAAUCCAGCUUUCUGUGGGCCUGGCAAGCCUUCCUGCCUCAAUGAAGAUGCCAUGAGAGCUGAUCAGUUUGACAUAUAUUCCUCCCAGCAAAGCAAAUACAGCCACACAGUCAGCCACAAACCAAUGGCUUGUCAGAGGCAAGACCCACUAAAUGAAACACACUUGCAGACUACAAGUGGCAGAAGUUUAGAGAUAAAAGACGAACUAAAGAAAAAGAAAAAUCUCAACCGGUCUGGUAAGCGUGGCCGACCUUCGGGAACAACAAAAUCAGCAGGAUACCGGACCAGCACAGGCAGACCCCUGGGAACGACCAAAGCAGCUGGAUUUAAGACAAGUCCAGGCAGACCUUUGGGUACAACUAAAGCUGCGGGAUACAAAGUCAGCCCAGGGAGACCUCCAGGUAGCAUUAAAGCUCUGUCCCGUCUUGCUGAUCUUGGUUAUGGCUGUGGCACCGCUGCUUUUCCUUACCCAAUGAUGCAUGGCAGAGCAGUUCACGGGGUAGAGGAAAGUAGCAGUGAGGUCAAGCCAGCUAGUGAGUGAGCGAAGCAGGAAAGGAGGGCCAGAUUUCGAAGGAAGAUUGUGAAUAAUCCCAAAGCUUCUUUUACUUAACACACAUGAGUUUAUGGCCUGGGUUUUCCAAAUUUGUUUUCUCAUUUGAUUUUUUUUCAUACUUUGCUCAAAAGCUGCCAGAUGCUGCCAGAUGCACUCAGGGCAUGAGCAGUGGCAUUCUGUUUGUACAAAGGUUCCAGUUAACGCCUACUAAAGCAUUUUUGCUUUUCGUUUAGAGAGAUGCUGUUGUAUAUUAUUUCACUACUACUACUGGGCCAUUCUAAGAUGAUUUAUGUGCUAACCAACUGAAAUCAUUUUACCUGUUAGCUUGUGGAAUAAGUCUACAAUAUAAUAAAGAUAAUAUCUAAGGUAUUUUUAACUGAUGGAACAAAGCAGACUAGUGAUUCAGGAUUACUUGAGGAAAUGCUAUGAGUCUUUGUAACUCUUAUUUUCAUGAGUCAGGACACAGGUAUUUGUAUGCUUUGGCACUUAACACUGAUUUCAGAUACUAAAAAUCUUACUUAGAGUGUUCUAGGUUUCAGCAGCUUCUUAUUUAUUGACCUACAUGGCAUUAAUUGAUUUCGGCAUUAUUCCUAAAAGAACUAUUUAGUGUUUACCUUUUAGCAAUGAUAGAUUGCAUAUUUUCUAAUUGCCCAGACACAUAUAUACUAAACACUACCAACAAUUCAUAUUUACAGGAAAAAAUACUUUUCAAUAAAAGCUGCACAUUACAUUUUUUGGUGAAAUACAGUGUGUUCUGAGAAUAGUAUAUUUAAUAUAGUAGAAAAAGAAGCAUUUUUAAAGUCUGCCUGUAACUAUAGUCACUACAUUUUUGCCUUUCAUAUAACUUGAGUUUUACUAAAUCAUUAUAUUUAAAACAUUCAUUAAUGUUUUUCAUUUAUUUAGAAUAAUUUAGGUUUUUUUCUAAGAAACUGUCCCAUUGCAUUAGCACUUACUAUGGUAUGAGGUUCAUAUCUACCAAAGGAAACAUUGAAUGGUAGACUAUAAAGCUGAUGUAAACAAAAUAGUUUUCUGACUAUCAGAAUCUUAAUUAUUAAGAAAUAUAUAGGAAUCCACCUAUGCAUGAAAUGUAAAAAAUAUGUUGGUUAGUUUAAUUAAGUCUCAUUGUGGCUCCAGGGAGACCACUACUUCCGAAAGAAGUUUUUUCCAACUGUUUGCUUUAGAAGCAAGAUAGAAAAGAAAAAAAAAUACUGGGUAGAUAAGUAUAGUAGGGAUAGAGGGAAAUCUCUUUCCCUUUUUUUGAGUAGUUUCCUUAGUUAAUGGACAUUUUAUUUAUUCUGAGUUUGUUCUAAAUAAAAUGAAAGACAAAAAACUGAAUUUGAAAAAAAAUUCUACUGAACUCUAAAGUUACAAUGUGUAUAUUUGCCAUUUUAAAUGCCUUUGAAAUUAUGAUACAGAUUUGCAGGACCCAAAAACUUACAAAUAAUUGGAAUUUUAAAAGGGUGAAUAUUGUGUUGUUAGGGCUGUCUCUCAAUUAAUGCAAACUCUGAUUGCAAAUGGAUGUCAUGUUUCAUACCUUUUUUAUCAGGAAAAAAGCAGCAAGCCUUCAGGUGUUCCAGUGAUGCCUGACACAAUGAGCUGGACUUUUUGCUGCUCUUUACAGUAAGAGGUGUUACAUUGUAUGUGGGAACUUUGUGUGCACUGGCAUCUAAGACAGUGACCUCAACAAUUUAGUGUUGCACAAAACAUAGAGAACAAUGUUGGAUGACUACAAAAUCAGUUGUAACAUUCUGGCAGCUAGAUUGAAUUUUUCUUGCAGAAGUUUAAAAUUUAUUAGUUUACUCAGAACAGUAUAACUUCUGACACACAGAUGCUUACAUCUUUAUUCAUUUGUUUAUUUAUCCACUUUUGUUAUGUAUUUUUCAUUUAACUGUUACUCAAAGUGAAGAUCAUCUGACUGCUUAGUAAUCCUCUUUUGAGUUCUUGAAAACAUUUAAAUGUCCUACCGUAAGAUGAUAUAUACCAUUGUCAAAGCUUUGGUUUCAUGUUGUGUUUUGUAGUAUGUCCAUUGGCAUCUCCCUUUCAGUUUAUUUUCAGUCCUAAUUUUGUUACACACACCCUUCCCUUUCCUCACUGCCCCUCCCCGGUCUCCAUCCUCCAGCACAUCUACUCAGUGGUGCUGUGCAGUGUGUCAGAAGAUAAAGCAGGUGUAUUAUUGUGUAAUGAAUUUUGUAUACAUGUUAACAAAAUUGUUACAAUGACUAAAGGAAAUAUGUUCAUAACAGUGUUUAUUAAUAUGGGAGCUAUGUCCCAGGAUAAAAGGGGAGAGAAGGCUACAGUUGUGAAUGACUAACAUCCUUUAGAAAGCUCAAUUUGCUGUCAUGAGAGCAGUUAUCCGGAGUAUUAGAUCUGUAUGCUGGUGAGCAUCUCCUGAUUCCACUUCCACUUUUCUCCUUAUGAACAGCUUAUUGGUGCCAUGCUGAAGAGAAAGACAUCUAAGUGAUAACAUGAAUGAAGUCUUAAAGUAUAAAAUAUUUUUACUUCUCUCUAAUCUAAAGACUACAUUGUGCAUUUUUGUAACACUGUCUCUUGUCAUGAUAAACACUGAAAUAGCAUGUUAAACAAUUGCCUACACUUUAAUAUAAGCAGAUGGGGGAAACUGGCCUUUUCCUCAACUGUUUGAUUGUUUAUUGAAAGGUAAAUUGCUAAUUUUAUAUUGUGUAAUUCUGUUCUUCACAAAAUAGGUUUCACUAUUCUGUAUUAAAACUGUUGGUCAGAAAAUGAUCUGCUAUUCAAGUAAGUUUGCUUUACUUUUUCCUUUAAAAAUAUUUUAACAUGCCUUAUUUAUUAUAUUAUAUUAACAAAUAAGGAGCUAAUACAAAUGAAAUUUUCACUUUUUGACAGAUAUAACCUUGCAUAAUCUUUAGUAUGGGAUGAUUUUGAUACUAUCUUUGGAGUUUUGCACUGGAUAUUAAAAAAAAUACUCGCUCAUUGUAUUGGAAGAAAAUAUGUAGUGUCUGAUUAAUUUUUAAUGUUUGGGGACUUUUUAAAAAUCGGAGUUCAACUAGACUAAAACAUUCUUUAUAUUUAAAUUUACUUUUUAAAAGAACAUCUGUCAGAGUAAUAACAGUAUUAUUCAUUCCAAACUGAUGUUUGUAUGAAUUUACAUGAAUAUUUUCAUGAAAUAAAGAUUGCAUUUCUUUGAGUUAAGGAGGAAAAAUUUAUCUAGGUCCUUUUAUUAGAUUAAAGGGAAUCCAUCCAGUGUAAGAAAACCCAAUAGAUGAGCUAAUAAAAAUAACUUAUCCUUCAUAUCUAAGAAGCUUUAAAAGAACAAUUCAGGGGGUGUUGAUGAUAACUGCUACUCUGUCAGUCAUUGUCUCUAUAUGCAGUAAAAUUUUGUGAUCCCUUUAUAGUAAAAUAUAAGAACUCACAACAGUUGUUUAAAACAUUUUUACCCUGGACACACAAUAUUUUGAUGUUGUGCUUUUGUUAUAGUUUAAGUAUAUGCUAUUAAACUCUAGGAUGUAUCUGAAUCUUUCCUUUGCUUUUCAAAUCUUCCCUCCCUCAAGGAUAUAAAUCUGUGUUCUCACAAAAAUGUUUUUAAUCUGAUCAUUUGAAAAUGCACCAGUAAAUCAAGUGUAUGAUUAUAGCAAUCAGUUCACUUGGAUUCUUUAAGUCUCACAGUUUCCUUUUCCACAGAUAAUAAUGGAGAAAUUAAUCACCAAUUAACUGAUUAAAGCACGCUGUCCUCUGCUGUAAAAAGUCUGAAUAGAUACUGUGUAUGUUUGUAUGUCCAUGAACUUGAGCUACUCGUGUGCAAUUAUGUGUAUGGGAAUGGAGUAGUGUUCAUGAUUUGUAUCUACAUCAUCAUAUGGAUGUAUAUUUAUUAAUAAAGUCAUUACUUUAA